AAAAAUUUGUGGAACAGAAGAUCUCUCCGGGUGAGCCGAGGAAUGCAUUCUAUACGAAAUCAACUCUUUUUUCUUCUUUCAAAUCAGCUUGCAGAUCUCAUCGUAGGCUUUCCUAUGCACUGAAAGAGCCUUCGAACUGUAAGAUUUUAUUUUCCUUUCUGGAAAUGAUGAUGAUAUAGUAGUCGGUUUUCCUACAGAAAGGAAGAAUCGCGAAUCUCUUGAUUAGGUCGCCUCAGGAUUGUUCGACUUGGUCACAUAUGGAUCUAGUGGAAACCAUUGAUAAAAAGGUUACAAGAUUGGAUGAUGAACUGUUGGAUAGGUUUUCCACAUUGCCUGAGCCUGUUCUUCAUCACAUAUUGUCAUUCCUUCCUUUUCCACAUAUUGCCCGUUGUUCGAUCUGGUCCAAGACGUGGAAUCGCAUUUGCUCCAGUUACCCUAACAUUGAUUUGGUCUUGCACGAGGAGAAUUACCCGGCCAAACUACAUCGACACCCUUUCCUAGAUUACAUCGAACGAAUCUUGGAUCAAUGUCUACUUCGAAAAGUUUGGAUACAGAAAUUAGAGUUAAAACUGUUCCCGAAGCUGGUGGAGUUGGGGCCCAUUAUGGAUCAGUGGUUGGGGGCUGCCAUUGAGAGGAAUGUUUCAGAGCUGUCGUUUGAGCUGUAUUUUGAUACAAACACUGUGUAUAGUCUUCCCGUAGAAGUAGUUGUUGCUGAUUCACUAAAGGUUUUAGAGAUUCGGGGAUGUAAGUUUGAGGAUACGUGCGCCUGCAUUGAUCUUCCACGUCUGUGGAAGCUGAAUACGUCUCAGUGCCAAUUCGCUAGUGAGAAUGUGUUGAAUAAGAUUCUUCGUGGUUGUCCCGUGUUGGAACAUGUGGAAAUUUUAAAUUGUGAGGGCGCGGGAACCUUUUUAUCGGUUUCAUGUAAACCUAGAUUGAAACAUCUUCAUAUUGGAGGUCUUGGCGAGCUCGAGAGGGUUGAGAUCUUUGCAGCGAGUCUUGAAACAUUCAUAUGUGAAUUGAAUCAGCCUUGUGUCAUGGACUUGGCUCAUUGCACUCAUCUGAAACAUUUGCAACUGGUGGGGGCUAUCCUUUCGGAUGAAUAUGUUCCCAUUCAGUAUCUUUUGUCUAAACUUCUCCAUACUGAAGAAUUGCAUUUGUGGAACUGUCAAGCAACAGACAAAAUUCAGAUCUCAAGUUCAUGCCUCAAGAAACUCAUCAUGUCUGAGUACAAAGUCUUUCCUGGCGCUGAAAUUGACACCCCAAAUUUACUUGUUUUACGCUUCUUUGCAUCUGGUGCAUGCAAUUCAAAUAACUGGUUCAGUCGUUGGAAUGUUCCCAGGGUACAAGAAAUUUGCAUGGGGUUUUCUGUUAAAAGCUUUCAGACCGCUUGUAGAGGUGGACUAAAGGGUUUCCUAUUGAAAUUACAAAAAUAUGAAGUCUUGAAAUUAUUUAUUCGGUGCAGCGGUCAACAGGAUUUCAUUAUGCAUGAGAAACUAGAUGCAGUUUCCUUUUCUUCCCUCAAUAAAUUCUUGAAAAAGGAAAAACCGUAUUCUUUGUCCAUAUCAUCUGCAGGAUAUGAAUCAUUCUUCCCUAACAUGAUAGUUUCCGGAAGUGACAAUGCCAGACUAUUUUUGAUAUUUUCUUCUCGCAGAAGCAUAGAGUUGAUGCACGAGAAACUGUGCAAUGCCUCAAGACUCAAAUACUGGUAUCGCGAUUUUCAGCUGGUCUCAGUUGAGAAGAUAGAACAUAAUAUGGACUAUGAUUGGAAACUCUGCAAGAAUGCCCAUUCAGCUGGUUAUCUGAUUGCUAAAAUAAUCCUUGUUCGGAGGAGUUUCGAGGACAUGUUUUCGGUCAAUGCAGCGAGCUGAAAGGAUCUAGGUUGCAUUGUGGAUGUGGCUGAAACACUCGAUGUGGAGAAGUUUAGGAUGACUUCUCUGUCAAUACGCCAACAUGCUUCCACAACAAAACAUAAUAGUACAUGGAUUUAAUUAUCUAAAUUGUAAGUAAAUGGACGAAUUUACUUAAAUACUCAAAAUCAGAGCAAUUUAGUCUCUGUACUAUACUUUUGUAUGUAAUAAAUACUUCCUCCGUCCCGCUAUAUUCGUCUACUUUUGACUUUUGGAACUGUUCAUCCAAGCACUUUGACUCAUCAAAUUUUCUCAAUGUGUAAGCCUAAAUAUAGUGAUCUUGUUUGA